AUGGUAGAUAUCCCACCUACGAUAGCGUUAUUUUUCUAUGCUAUAAUAGAUAAGGCAAAUAGACUUGAAGUUGCAAAUGCUGUAAAUCCGCUCCCAACGGAAGAAGAUAAGAAGCUUGUAAUAGUGAAGACUCCCAACGCAGUAAAUCCGCUCGUAUGGGAUUAUUCUCCACUUCUCACCAUUGAUACAUGGGAGCACGCUUACUAUCUGGAUUUUGAGAACCGAAGAGCUGAAUACAUAAAUACAUUCAUGGAAAAGCUCGUGUCAUGGGAAACUGUAAACACAAGGCUAGAAGCUGCAAUGGUUCGAGCAACCCAAAGAGAACAAGAAGGAACAGAUACAGAAGAAGAAGCGAAUCCAGAUGAUGAAGAGCCGGAGGUCUAUUUAGAUAGUGAUAUUGAUGUAUCUGAGGUUGAUUAAAAAACCUGUGAAGCAUAUAACAUUAGCAUCUGAAAUGUCAAUUACAGAGAGCAAAAUUUUUUGCAUUCUUAAGCCUUACAAAUUAACUUAAA